AUGGUUUUGAGAGUAUUUCGCCAGUUUUUUGCAACUUUCACUUUCAACCAGAUUUACCUCAAACUUACCCUUUAG